GCGGACAGCCAAGCACGUUGUGGUGACGUACGUGUUACGUACAAGCGCAAACGCGCGGUUGCGCAUGAGCACUUUAGCCGUUGACUUCCGACGACUCGUGGGCGACGGACUGGGGCGAAGGCGAAGAUGCGUGAAUGUAUCUCCAUCCAUGUUGGCCAGGCUGGUGUCCAGAUGGGCAAUGCCUGCUGGGAGCUGUACUGCUUGGAGCAUGGCAUCCAGCCAGAUGGACAAAUGCCUAGUGACAAGACCAUUGGAGGUGGAGACGACUCCUUCAACACCUUCUUCAGGGAGACUGGAGCAGGGAAGCAUGUUCCACGAGCUGUCUUCGUUGAUCUAGAACCAACUGUGAUUGAUGAGGUUCGCAGUGGUACCUAUCGGCAGCUGUUCCAUCCUGAGCAGCUCAUCUGUGGGAAGGAGGAUGCUGCAAACAAUUAUGCCCGUGGACACUACACCACUGGCAAGGAGCUGAUCGACUUGGUCCUGGACAAACUCCGUAAGCUGGCUGAUCAGUGCACAGGGCUCCAGGGAUUCCUCGUCUUCCACAGUUUUGGUGGAGGCACUGGCUCUGGUUUCACCUCUCUGCUGAUGGAACGUCUGUCUGUGGAUUAUGGCAAAAAAUCCAAGCUAGAGUUUGCCAUCUACCCAGCUCCUCAGAUCUCCACCGCAGUGGUUGAACCCUACAACUCUAUCCUGACCACCCACACCACCUUAGAGCAUUCAGACUGCGCCUUCAUGGUGGACAAUGAGGCCAUCUAUGACAUCUGCCGGAGAAACCUGGACAUAGAGCGCCCAAGUUACACCAAUCUGAAUCGCCUCAUUGGUCAAAUUGUGUCCUCCAUUACAGUAUCCUUGCGCUUUGACGGUGCCCUGAAUGUUGAUCUGACAGAGUUCCAGACCAAUUUAGUCCCGUACCCACGUAUCCACUUCCCUCUGGCUACCUAUGCCCCUGUGAUCUCGGCUGAGAAGGCUUACCAUGAACAACUGUCUGUGGCUGAGAUCACCAAUGCCUGCUUUGAGCCAGCAAACCAGAUGGUGAAGUGUGAUCCUCGCCAUGGCAAGUACAUGGCUUGUUGUCUGCUUUACCGGGGUGACGUGGUGCCAAAAGAUGUCAAUGUUGCCAUUGGUGCCAUCAAAACCAAACGUAGCAUCCAGUUUGUUGACUGGUGCCCCACUGGUUUCAAGGUUGGCAUCAACUACCAGCCUCCUACUGUGGUGCCUGGCGGUGACCUGGCCAAGGUGCAGCGUGCAGUCUGUAUGCUGAGCAACACCACCGCUAUUGCUGAAGCCUGGGCUCGCCUUGACCACAAGUUUGACCUGAUGUAUGCCAAGCGCGCAUUUGUGCAUUGGUAUGUGGGGGAAGGGAUGGAGGAGGGGGAGUUCUCCGAGGCCCGGGAAGACAUGGCAGCAUUAGAGAAGGAUUAUGAAGAGGUUGGUGCAGAUACUAUUGACGACCAGGGUGAAGAGGAAGAAUAUUAGGUGAUCAAAAACCAUCCCUAAUUAUUGAUUGAGGAUAAUUUGCAGAUUAGAUUCAUUCCAAGCGGGGAAAUUGAUUUCCAGUAUUUUUUUUCUGUCAAUUGGAAAUUGUACUCAUCCUGUUAAGCUAAUGUUGCUUUUAAUUCUGCUGAAUGUUGCAAUUAUGAGAAUACAUAAAAAAAAAAUUUUGAGCUGAGUAGACAAACAGUAAGCAUUUGUAUAUCAAAGGAUUAUUAACCAUGUAUGUAUUAACUAUAACACAAUACAGCUGUAUACCAUAAAAGGUGGAUGUAAAUGUUGUAAUUUAAUCCAUACACUUCAAUGAUUUGACAUUUGAAUUACCCAAUCUAAUCAUCUCACAUGCAAAAACGUACCAGUGGAGGUAAUUCAAUGUGAUUAUUCCAACUGUUUAUUGUUCCAUGUACACGGAGCAAGCACAAUAAUAGAGUAGUAUGACUAAGUGUUUUUACUGAAUCAUAUUAGUAACUACACGCUGGACAACUUCAUGUGGAAGCAACCAACCAGGCGCACUGCGAUGAAAUACAAGUGUACUCAAAAAAGAGAGUGAGAACUCUGCGUAUAGGCAGCCUAAACAAUUUAAUGAUUGAUUGAUCUGAUACAGUUCACUUAUGAUGACUGAAUUGCACUCCAUUUUCACUACCAACACCACCACAUAGCCAGGCAACACAGCUAACAGUAACUGGUUGAUGUAAUUAAUCUAAAGUAUAUUUGAGAUUAUUUAUGAUGCUAAUAGGAAAUUGAGAACAGGUGUAUUCAGAAUAGAAAUGCCUCAUUAUAGGAAGGAUGUAGAAGCUUUAGAUGGGGUGCAAGGGAGAUUUACCAGGAUGUUGGCUGGACUAGAGAGCAAU